GACCACGUGGACUCGGCUACUCGCGUGUCGCGUCUCCGCAACAGAGUAGCGGUAGCAGCCGCCCUCUCCCCCCCCCCCAAAUCCGUCAAAUCCCAUCGCCGAGCCACGAUCUCUGCGCCCCGCGGAUUGCCGCGGCCCCCGGCCGAUCCCCACCAGGAAGGCGCUCGGUACAUGGAUUGGAGCUGCUGGGAUCGUGCUGCGGCGUAAACCCUCGGUUCUGAGCCCGCCCGUCUCAGCCUGGUUGGUUUGGUCAGGUCUAGGUGGAUUCAGUGGCCUGCCCCGUGGCUGGUUCCCGGAGAGGAGGUGAUUGGGGGAAUUCUGGAAGGUGGUGGGAUUGGAGCCGCUAGAUUGCUUUAACUCAGUGGAAGGUUGCAACGUAAUACGCUAUCAUGGUGCAUGGGAGGUGAGCAGUUGGGUUAGCAUAAGGUGGGGAUCAGGGGUUUUGUUCAGGAAUUGGGGAUGGGAGGCCUCUGCUCAAAAGUCUCAGCGGUAGACAAGUCGCCGAGCGACACCGCACUCGGCAGGAACCAGGUAUUCGACCAUGAGCCGGCGGUGCCGUUGAAGGAGGAGGAGAAGAAGUCGGUGUCCGAAGAGGCUGCGGCAAAGAGGGCGGAAGAGCAGCAGCAGUCUUUCUCGUUCUUGGAGAGCGUCGUGCCCGGCCUUGCUGUGUACAAUGGUGCAGAUGUUGAGCACACAGGGUCCAGGACACCACAACUGGCUCGGACACUGUCGCAGAAGGCUGGCUUGGGCAAGGCCAAGGUUUCGGAAAUGAGCAUGAUUUUAGGUAGAGCUAGCACUGCUGGACUUGGGAAAGCUGUGGAGGUUCUAGACACACUUGGUAGUAGCAUGGCGAGUUUAAAUGCUAGUAGUGGCUUUGUGUCAAGUUCUGGAGCAAAGGGAAAUAAAAUAUCUAUUUUGGCUUUUGAGGUGGCAAAUACAAUAGUUAAGGGUUCCAAUCUAAUGCGUUCUCUGUCAAAUGCUAACAUAAAGCAUAUAAAAGAAGUGGUGCUUCAUUCCGAAGGUGUCCAACACCUGAUAUCCAAAGAUAUGGAUGAACUACUUGAGAUCGCAGCUGCUGACAAAAGGGAAGAGUUAGAUGUAUUUUCAAAAGAGAUUAUUCGUUUUGGUAACCGCUGCAAGGAUCCUCAAUGGCACAACUUGGACCGCUACUUUGAAAAGUUGGCGUCAGAAAGAACUUCCCAGCAUUCCCUGAAACGAGAUGCCGAGACUGUGAUGCAGCAGUUGAUAAUAUGUGUUCAGUAUACAGCUGAAUUAUAUCAUGAGUUGCAUGCAUUGGAUAGGUUUGAGCAAGAUUAUCGUCGUAAACAUCAAGAAAAUGAUGACUUCAGUUCAACAGGUGACAGUCUGCAUAUACUAAAGCAAGAAGUGAAGAGCCAAAGUAAGCAUGUUAAAAGUUUGAAAAGAAAGUCACUUUGGUCCAAGAAUUUGGAUGAGGUGAUUGAAAAGCUUGUAGAUAUUGUUCACUUCUUAGAUCUGGAGAUUUAUGAUGCCUUUGGUCGUGCUGAGAGUGAAGAAUCACAAGAACCCGUGAAACGCCAUAUGAGAUUGGGACCAGCAGGCCUUGCGCUCCAUUAUGCAAAUAUCAUCAAUCAGAUUGAUACACUUAUUUCUCGGUCAAGCACCAUCUCUUCAAACACGAGGGAUAAUCUAUACCAAGGUUUACCGCCUACCAUCAAAUCUGCUCUCCGGCAUAAGCUGCAAUCUUUCGAAAUAAAAGAAGAGCUUACGACUUCUCAAAUCAAAGCUGAAAUGGAGAAAACUUUGCGAUGGCUUGUCCCUAUUGCCCAUAAUACGACUAAGGCGCACCACGGCUUUGGUUGGGUUGGAGAGUGGGCAAAUACAGGAUCUGAACUGAACUGCAAGCUAUCAGGACAAAUGGACUUGAUCCGAAUUGAGACACUGUAUCAUGCUGAGAAGGACAAAACUGAAGCACAUAUCCUUGAGCUUGUCGUGUGGCUUCAUCAUCUCAUCAGUAAAUCCAGAGCUGCCAAUGGAGAUAUAAGGUCUCCUAUCAAAUCUCCUGUCCGUUCAUCGACACAAAAGGGUCAUACAAUUAGGUUGCAGCUGGACCCAGCGAACAAUUCAUCGCCGAUUCUUACACCAGAGGACCAGGAUAUGCUAAGGUGUGUCAAGUACAGAAAAUUCGUCCCUGGGAUAAGCAAAAGUCAAGAAUUCGACACGAAGUCGAGGCAUGACAGACACAGCAGAUUGUGCAAGAGCAAUAGCCAUUCGCCAACCAGUGGCAACAGGAAAGAUCUGCUACCAUUUAGGAGGUUCUCCAUGCUCCCUGUCAUAGACUUCGAGAUUGAUAGGACAAAGGCUUUGGAUUUAAUUGACAGGCUUGAUGGUCUGGAAAUUCAGUCAGAAAUCAACUGAAAAGAAACGUGAAUGAACCUGGAUACAGCGUAGUCAUCUUUUAUCCUGAAACCCAUAGCUCUGGCAAGGAUGUAAAAAGCUGGUGUUUAUCUACAGGCUACAGCGAAGCCACCCGACCGAGGUGAAGACCGAGCGGUAUGCCAAUUUGAUGGCACCGAGGGUAACUGGUGGUAGCAAACAUUGUAUCAUAUACCAUGUUUUGAACAGAAGAGCGGAGUUAUUGUAAAAACUAUCUAAUGUUUAGUUGCUUGUAUAAAAACACAAGUUUUGAAGAAAAUAGGAUAUCUGUGUUGUGAAUA